CAGACGCUUUCCCGCCCCUCCUCGGGCCCGGCCACGCCUGGCGGCUUCUCCUCGGGAAGCCAAAGCGGGGAGUUCAGUCUGCCGCCCCCUCCUGCAAGCUGCGGCUCAGCCAUCGUGGGGCUCGGGCGGCCGGAGACUCAGCCAGCGGCGCGGCUGCAGCGGGCGCGUGCAGAGGAUAUUGCAUUGAAACUUAGCGUAUGUUGGUAUGUGCUGCUGUUGAUGUUAAAAAGCUGUCCUGCUUGCUGUCUGUUCAGUGACACACUGAUUAAUACAAAAUGGACGGAGCUUACAAGAUGGAAGAUAGGACUUCAUUAGUAAAAGGGGCCCAGGACAUUGCCAAGGAAGUAAAGAAGCAAACAGCGAAGAAAGUGAAUAAAACUGUAGACAAAGCUCAAGAAGGGUAUACACAAAGAUCUUACAAUAGAUUCCAAGGCGAAGAAGAUGCUGAAUACUAUACUGAAGGAGGAAAUUAUGCUGGAGAAGCAAAUGAGGAUGAAGGAUCAAGUGAUGCAACAGAAGGACAUGAUGAAGAUGAUGAGGUUUAUGAAGGAGAAUAUCAGGGAAUCCCCAGUACAGCACAGAACAAGGAUGGGGUAGCAGCAUUAGGACCUACUAAGAGAGAUGAUUACAAGGACCGUAAUGAGCUGGAGACAGAAAGGAAAGCUGAUGAAGAAGAGCUAGCACAGCAGUAUGAGCUAAUCAUUCAAGAGUGUGGUCAUGGGCGCUUUCAGUGGGCCCUCUUCUUUGUCCUAGGAAUGGCUCUAAUGGCUGAUGGGGUGGAGGUUUUUGUAGUUGGAUUUGUAUUGCCCAGUGCUGAGACAGACAUUUGUAUCCCCAAUUCUGGAUCAGGAUGGCUUGGUAGCAUAGUAUACCUUGGGAUGAUGGUAGGGGCAUUCUUCUGGGGAGGCUUGGCAGACAAGGUGGGAAGGAGACAGUCUCUUCUGAUAUGUAUGUCUGUCAAUGGAUUCUUUGCCUUCCUUUCAUCAUUUGUCCAGGGCUAUGGCUUCUUUCUCUUCUGUCGUUUACUUUCUGGAUUUGGGAUUGGGGGAGCUGUUCCAGUUGUGUUCUCAUAUUUUUCUGAAUUCCUUGCUCGAGAGAAACGUGGAGAACACUUGAGUUGGCUGUGCAUGUUUUGGAUGAUUGGAGGCAUCUAUGCAUCUGCCAUGGCCUGGGCAAUAAUUCCUCAUUAUGGGUGGAGUUUCAGCAUGGGGUCUGCCUAUCAGUUUCACAGCUGGCGAGUCUUUGUUGUUAUGUGUGCUCUCCCCUGUGUUUCGGCUGUGGUAGCACUCACUUUCAUGCCAGAAAGUCCAAGGUUCCUGCUUGAGGCUGGGAAACACGAUGAAGCUUGGAUGAUUCUCAAACAAAUUCAUGAUACAAAUAUGCGAGCUCGUGGUCAGCCUGAAAAAGUUUUCACGGUUAACAGGAUUAAAACUCCCAAGCAGAUAGAUGAGCUUAUAGAAAUUGAAAACGAUACAGGAACCUGGUACAAGAGAUGCUAUGUCAGAGUGCGUACAGAAUUGGAUGGUAUUUGGUUAACAUUUAUGAGGUGCUUCAACUAUCCAGUCAAGGAUAAUACAACUAAACUUGCAGCAGUAUGGUUUACUCUUUCUUUUGGCUAUUAUGGAUUGUCAGUCUGGUUUCCAGAUGUGAUUAAACAUCUACAAGCAGAGGAAUAUGCUACUAGAAGGAAGACUUUUGAAUUUGAGAAAGUUAAAGAUAUUAACUUCAACUUUACUUUGGAAAACCAAGUCUACUCCAAUGGAAUAUUCAUCAAUGACAGGUUUACAAUGAUGAAAUUUAAAUCGGUUACUUUUGAAGAUACGCUUUUUAAGAACUGUUACUUUGAAGAUGUUACUACAUUGAGCACAUAUUUUAGAAACUGUACUUUUAUGGAUACCAAGUUCUUCAACGCAGAUCUUGAACCAUAUAAAUACUCCGACAGUAGAUUUAUAAACUGCACAUUUGAUCACAACAAGACAGGAUGUCAGAUUUCCUUUGAUGAUGAUUAUAGUGCCUAUUGGAUUUAUUUUGUUAAUUUCCUGGGGACUUUAGCAGUAUUACCAGGAAAUAUCGUCUCAGCUCUUCUGAUGGACAGAAUUGGGCGUUUAACUAUGCUAGGUGGGUCUAUGAUUCUUUCUGGAAUUAGCUGUUUCUUCCUGUGGUUUGGCACGAGCGAAUCCAUGAUGAUUGGCAUGCUGUGUCUAUACAAUGGCCUUACCAUCUCAGCAUGGAACUCCCUCGAUGUCAUUACCGUGGAGUUGUAUCCAACGGACAGAAGGGCAACGGGGUUUGGCUUUUUAAAUGCACUAUGCAAAGCAGCAGCUGUUCUUGGAAAUUUAAUAUUUGGUUCCCUUGUAGUCAUCACCAAAGCAAUUCCUAUUCUGUUGGCUUCUACGGUUCUAGUAUGUGGAGGUUUGGUAGGACUUCGACUUCCUGACACCAGAACCCAAGUGUUGAUGUAACUUGGGAAAGAUUAUGGAUAAAAAGCCAUUUACAGUUUGUUUUCCUUUCUUUUUAAGCGUAAAAUCUCCUAACUUGAAGGGCAAAGGCUUCAGAUUCUCAAUGCAUAGAAGGUGACUAUAUAGCAAAAGCUUCCUCUCGCAAUGAAAGAGCUGUGACUAAACAUUAGGAAACAUAUUUAGUUAAAGUAUUAUAAAAACAUAUGUAUAGCCCCUUCUAUUUCAGGCUAAAAGGAUAGUUUGGCAAUGAAUUCAUCUGAGAUAGUUCUCUCAACCUAUUUUAAACAAUGAAUUGCCCCCUCCCCAUGUUGUAAGCUACCAGGUCAUUGCUGAAAUCUAUAAUUCAUAUUCUUCUAUAUUUAACUAGUCAUGACCUCUAGCUUAGAUGUCAUUAAAAAGAGGUUAAACAGGUUCACAGAGGAUGAAUCUGUCAGUGUACCUCUGAAAAAAAUGCUUGGGGCCAGCAAGAAAGGAAUGCUGUUACCAUUUCUGCACUUGUAGUUUCUGGUUGCCCACUAUGAGAAACAAAAUGCUGAACUAAAUAGACAUUUGGUUGUCAGAACUGCCCUUAUAGCAUGUUUUCACAUGGACAUUGUGUCCAUGUAGGAGUGUGUUUGAUACUGCUUCUGUGCAGUGUUUAGUUUAUCUCAGAGUCAAGUAUGUAGGGGAAAUGUUACAUAAAUAACAGCCUUAUAAACUGAAAUAAUCUGAAGUUUGAAAGCCAGUCUAGUAAUUUAAUCCUACUGGGAGGAACAUAACAAAUACAAAUCCUACUGGGAGGAACAUAAUUGAAUGCCACAAGUUCAGUUUAAUUAUAACAGGUGUCAAUAAAAUUGUCCAAGACUUUUCUUCAAAUAUAUGUUAAUUCUACAGACACCAUGUGACCUAGCAUUAAACAGGAUGACAGAAUAACAACAGGCCACUACAGUCAAGAGAGGAAAUUGGGUGGAAGUGUCCACCAUUCUCUUGUUCAAGUGGAAACAAUAACAUUUUCAUUUCCAGGAUAUUUUUAAUAAGAUGUGAGCACUCUAAUAUAAAGAUCUAGUUCAAAACGAUAAUUUUUCACAAUGUCCAAAUUUCAGUAGGGAUUUACAACAUUCAUAUUUGAAUUAAGUGGUUUCACAACAGUCAGACAUAGUGUUCACCACUUGUUAGAAGUAGACUAUUGUAUUGUAUUGUCUGUUUUCUCCCCAAUGGGGAUCCAGUACAGUACAAAAAGGGAAAUGCAAUAGAAUAAACAAUGGGUGGACAGGGGCUUCUGAACACAGUGUAGAUCUCUCUCCCCCCUCCCCCUCUCCCUGCCCCUCCCCCUGUUCCUCCACUAUCAAAAGGCUACAGCGUUCAGGCUAAGUGCUCUUUGACUUGUGCCUCCAGCAUGCUCAGGCCUUAAAUACCUGUGGAGUGGGAGGAGAUCAAAGUCCAAUUAGAUAUACUCAGCUGCUGCUACCCCCAUUAUCUACUGUGCCUGUAGAUGGUGGCAUAGCUAAAUCUGAAACGUCACAGCUUCUCCUUCAUUUGGAGGGAAGAACUUUAAAACCUGAUCUUUAGUCAUAAGGAACCCCAUUUUCUUAACACUUAUUACAAUGAAAUCUGAAGCUUCUGUAACAGAUUGGGAGUGGUGAUCAGCCGCCAGCUGUAAACCAUGCUUUUGAUAUAGCCAUCUAUUUAGCUAACUGUGGUGUUUCUGUCUGCUUUCUUCAUGAAUUUAAUCAACUGAAAAAUCCAGAGCCAUAAGUAAACUUAAAGGAAAAACAAGCACCAGCUCCGAAACGGGACCACCAUAUUAAAAUGUCAUAAUUAUUAUGAGUGUGUUACUUUCUUAGAACUGAAUAGAACUGAUUUUGAAACCAGCCUGCAUCCUUGUGGCGGAAUAAAGUCUUGCCGGAAUAUUAAAUAGUAAGUUAAGAAAGCUUUAAGACACAAGGAGGGAAGCAGGAGAAAAUGACCAAAUAAAUGUUCAUUUAUUUUGUCCAAAUUGUGUUAUGCAUGGAGUUGGUAGACUAUCACUCUUGUCACGGCCAACUUUCCUCACUUCCCAGCAUAUAUAGAAAACAGAAUCUAAAGUGGAGAAUUCAGAGCAAGACUCAACAGGUGUAAUAAGAGUAGGUAACAGGAAAGUUGGAAAACUGAGAGAAAGUACACCACUGCAACACAUUACAUUUAAAACCCAACUGGAGAACAGAAAUCGUCCCAAUGUAUGACAGUUUGCAGCUGUUACAAUUGUUAGUAUUGAUUCUUUACUAUAUCCAGGCACUGUAUAUGCAAGAAACAAAACUAGACAUCCAUGAGCUGUACUAUCCAUUUUCAGGAUUCAUAUAAAGGCUGAAUAGGAACUACUUAUAACUCUGUGCCAGUUUAUCAUUCUAAAGAAGUUCACUUUCUCUCACAAUCUUGAGGAGGCUUUGCACACUGCAAAUAAGUAGGGAGGAAAGAACUUGCAAGUACUUUGCUCUUUACACCCUUCCUACGUAACAUGCAAAGUGGGGCUAAUGGCCAUGUCUCACUGCUUCCUGCUCCCCAUAAAGAGCAUCUUGAGUUCCAGAUGUAUGUGCAACCCUUGGACCCCCAACUUGCCAUUCUGCAUGAUAACUGAGCAGUUACAAAAGAUUCACCUGACAUCCAGCACCUUCUCUUACAACUUGGUUGCAAUGUGCAGAAAUGCUCUCCAAAACAAUGCCGCAAGUGCUACUUAAAAUGGCAUUUACAGCUUUACAUUCUAGAUUCAUGUUUCUGUCAGAAAACUUCUAAGUCCUUGUGGGCCAUGUUGCCUAGUAAAUAAUCUUUUUGUCUUGUGCUUGGAUGUAGUUAAAACACUCAGUUUUCACCAGACAUUAUCAUUAUUAUAUUAUUUUUGGUCAGGGAAAAUUUGAUACUUGCAUCCUUCUAAAUCCACUGAAGUCAUUGGGCUUAGAACAAUGUAAAUCUACUGAGGAUGACACAGCUAAUCCCAGGAAAAAAUGCUCCAGCUAUCUUAGCCUGUUAUCUUCUGACAUAUUUUCUCUUAUCACAGUGAUCAUAUAAGAACUUUCAUUAUAAUCCUCAAUGAGGAAAUCAUGAUGACAUAAGGGGUACAUAUGGACUCUGUAUUGACUUGAGCAAGAAAAGAUUUCUGAAUAAUAAUCAAAGUUUACAUGAAUCCAGGGCUAAACAAAUCUAUCUGGUAAUAGAUCUGACAGGACCUAACAAUCUUUCUUCUUUUAAAUGUCAUGUCAUAGCUGUUGCAGAAGACCUUUCCCAUUUGCCUCUUUCUCAGAGGCUGGGCCAUAUUAAUUUGCAACUAACAUUGAUACAAUCCCACAGGACUUCUCUUAACCCACUUCACUGAUGUGGCUACCACUUCCCUGAUCUCUAGUGAAAUUCCCAUGGAAAACUAGGAAGCUAAUUUCAACUAUGUCUUAUCAGUUAAAAAAAUUAAAAUGUCACUUGUACAAACAACCCUUUAGAUGGAAAAAUAAAAUCCCCCCUUCUUUCUUAAUAGCACCUGCAGUGGAGGCAGGAAAAAGGUGAAAACAGCUGGAUUUCUUCCAGAAGUAUUAGUUUCAAAGACAGUAAAUAAAAGUGGAAUGGUAAAGGUGACAAGAUCCCCCCCCCCAAAAAAAAACCCUGUUCUGUUUCACUGACGAGCAGAGAAGAAAGACAGAAAUAUAAACCAGCAUUAAUGAAAGGCAAGAUUUGUUCUCAUGUUUGCAUUCAUGGAAAAAAAAAACAUGAAAAAGCCAUCCCCAAAUAUGUGCAGUUGUGCAGAUCAAAUGUUGGGAAGGUGACUAAAAACUGCAAACAGUUGUUUGUUUCAUGAAGGUGGGUAACAAGAAUAAAACCUACCCCAAAACCCCCAAAACAAAUUAAAACCACUUAAAAUAACAAAUUAAAACAAUCCAUCAAAACCAGUUAGCAUUAGAUAUUGACAGCACUUUCCUCCACUACCACCAAGUAAUGAUGCUCUUUUGACUGACUAAUGGCCAGUAGGAACCUACAAGGUCAAAUAGUUUUGAUGUUGAAGAAUCUUAUCCAUCACUAAGGCCCUUUCCACACAUGCAGAAUAAUGCCUUUUCAAUCCACUUUCAAUGCACUUUGCAGCUGUGUGGAAUAGCAAAAUCUACUUGCAAACAACUGUGAAAGUGAACUGAAAGUGCAUUAUCUUGAAUGUGCGGAGGGGGCUUAAGUGAGACCCAGAGCCUCUUAAAAACCCAGGUUUUGAACCCCUCCAAAAUGCAAUCAGAGCUCCUCCUCAAUGUUUCUGAAAGGGCACUCUCUACACCAGGGACAGCCACUGAUGAAGCCCCCAAGCAGGCAGCAGUUGAUUGCACCACCAAAGGUUGUUGCUGUACUAAGCAGAGUUGUCACAUGGGCUCACAGUGGAAGAGGCAGACUUUCAAACUGUGCAAAAGUUGAUUGUAGACCCACCUUCUUGCUUGACUAUUGAUUGAUUUUUAAAAUUCUGAUUUAAAACUGCCUUACUAUCUCACAUGAGUUGAAAGUUUGUACAGCGCUUUAAUCUGCCUUGGUCUUCAUUUAUGACACAAGUUUUUGGGCAACCUGAUAAUUCACUGAAGGGUACCUUUUCCUCCACUGCAUCCUACAAAACUAUUUGAUAUCAGGUUAGUGAAAUUUCUUCAUGGGAGUCUUCUUUUUUGAUCACUUUUGUACCAGGAGCCAUCUACAUGAUCAUCUGUAUUGACUGAAUUGUCGGUUAUCUAUCAUACUAUUACAUUUUCUUAAUCCUGCUGCCCCUCUAGAGAGCUAAAGGCAUCAUACAUGUCUCUCCUUUCUUCCAUUUCAUGAUGUCUUGAUAAGAAAUAAUGUUUAGCUGUGUUUCAAUGUUAAAUUAAUCACAUGUGUCCAACCAACUUACAGUCCUUCGAUAAGUGGAAAUUUCAUUUUUCCAAAGGCUGCCUUGGUUAGUCACAUCUUAAAACACUUGUUCAAAGACUGCCUCAGUUAGUCACAUCUUAAAUAAUCUGUCUGACAAUAAUGCUUCACCCUUGUUUUCUCCAUAGCUAAUACGCAUAUUCAUGCAGGCAUACAAAACUUUCUAGUAAGGAUGUUUAAAACAACAGACAUAGUAAACAACAGACAUGAAAAACUGCUAUUUUACCUCUAGGGAUAGGGGGCAGAAAGAAUCACUAGGAAUAAACAAGUUCUUCAAUUCCAUUUUCUCUGAAUUUCCUGACUGCCUAUGCACCAAUUCCUCUGUUGAACCCCUGCUUUGUAUAAUGUCUACAGUUAUCAGUCAGGAAACAUGGCAGGAAAUGUGAUGAUUUUACUAGAAACUCUACUUGAAUGUUUCUCCCUGUUCUGUGAUUUCUUUCUCCUUAUCUACAUUUUACAGUUUAAGAAUGAACGAAUUUAGAUGUUGAAACCGUUACGCCAUCCUAGUGUAACACUGAGUUUUCCAGCAGUGAUCAGGAAUAAUAAUAUAGGGGUUUGGGAUUUAUGAUAGUAUCUCUCUAUACUGUCCACCAAAUGAUCUUUGUCUCUCAUUAAAAUUAGGUUCUUCUGUGACUAGUAGCCACAGCUGAAACCAUCAUGGCUAUGUGACCAAUUACACACAUCCAUUGGGGUUUUAUGCAGUGGUGGGAUUCAAAUAAUUUAACAACUGGUUCUGAUGGUGGGAUUCAAAUAAUUUAACAACUGGUUGUUUACAAGCACCAUUUUAAAAACCGGUUCUGCCGAAGUGGUGCGAACCUGCUGAAUCCCACCACUGGUUUUAUGUUUCUUCAGCAGCGGGUACACUGAAAACUAGAUCAGAAGUUCAACUGAAUUUUCAAAAAUACAUUGUGAUAUGGCCUGGGAGGUCUGCUGUUCAAAGAAGAAAUGUUGAAAUCUGUGCAAGCCCUUCAGAUGUGUCUAAAACUGCUUUCUGGAUUCCAGCCCAUGUAUUAAUUCAACCCAUUUUAAAAUCCAUUUGCAGCCAUUGCAGCCUGUGGUAAUUAAUCCUCUAGGUAGGUUACAUAUUGUAUGAAAAAAAUUUCCCUCAUAGGAUGCUAUUUCAUACCCACCUCAUUUAGUUUUUCUUUCUUGUCUGUUUUAUUUUUAAAAGGUGGGUUGCAUACAAUAAUCUUGAGCAUGUCAUAGACUGGUACCGAGUAUUUACUGUUCAAAUUUUAGUCCCUUUCCAAACGUUUCUUAACAAAGUAUUUGUUGUUUACACUGAGAGUUUGCUUUUAAUUCUUCUGCUGCCUUAUUAGUGCAUUAUCAGUUCACAAAACUACAUAGAAAAGAAUAGCAUGGAACAGACCUAGAGAUGGACAAUCAUACGGUUUAAAAAAAUCUGCAGUCUGCAGUGCUUUUCUCAAAGCCCAGUCCAAAGAGGGAGAGGGCAAAUGGUUCAAUGGAGCUGGCACAAGCUUGUGUUGGUGCGUUUGUCCAUCCCGCUGGUACAUUUGGCAAAUGUGCUUGUGGAAUGGGCAAACUGGGAGGUAGAUGGGCUCCUCAGACUUUGGCAAUACCCAACCAGGGAGGUAGGUUGGUAUUCUGAGCUGUGUUGGCAUCAGCUCUGACGCCAGUGCAGGGAUGGACCAGGCCUGGACAUUCCUGGAAGUGGAGCUGACUAUAGUCAGGUCCCACCUGGGCUUUUGCACCCCAAAAGUGUGGUGUAAGUCCAUGGUGGCCAGGGAGGGGUUUUUUUGUUUGCUUUCCCUGACCCCCUGCACUGCCUCAAAGUCCUCUGGAGGUGGUGGGGCAGCAUGGUAGUGGUGUCGUCCCCGGCUGCAUGGGGCUACUAGAUUGGUCUGUUAAACACCUUUUUAAUAGUCCCUCUUGCUAUCUUGUCCCUUAGCAGAUGAUAUAUAAUUAUCAUUUUUUGUUUCCUAUCCCUGCUUUUAGUCAGCUUACUCAAGCCAUUGCCAUGCCCUUGUAUUAAAGCACACAACUAACUUUUCAUGUAGGAUGGGAUUGCCACGCUGAACAACGCCAAAUCUGCAUUUCUGGUAGAAAACCUGGAGGGAGAUUGCUAAACAAAUUCUGACACAAAGAUGAGGAACACCUUACCAGACAACCAAUACUUCCCAAUAAUUUCAUCAUUCACAUUUUUCUUAUUUCUUAAUAACAUCCCCCAUACAAUAAAACAUUGAAUAAAGUAGAGGACAUGUUAUAUAUAAAUGGUUAUAUGUACAUAGUUGUAUUCAGUGUGUGUUUAUGGUGUGAACAUGCAUUCAGCUGCCUUACACUGAAUCAGACCAUUGGUCUAUCAAAGUCAGUAUUGUCUACUCUAACCAGCACUGGCUGUCCAGGCUGUCCAGCUAGGUAUCAUUCACAUUACCUACUGCCUGAUCCUUUUACCCUGAUCCUUUUAGCUGGUAAUACCAGGGAUUUACAAAGCAGAUCCUCUACACUGAGCAUCAGCCCCCCCUCUUUAUAAAUUAUCAAAUCUGCCUCAAAAUAUUUUUAAAGGGUGUGACAGAAUAAAAACACCUGUAACUUGAAUUUGAUUUAGGUGGAACAGUUAACCACGUCUUUAAAGCUCUCCCAUUAACUUCAGUUUGUCUAACACUGGCUGGAUUUUGGCCAGAGUUCUCGUUUGGGCUAUCAUUCAAUUUCUUUCAGUCUUAGAAAAUCAAACUGCCCUUUCUGGUACAACAUUCAUAACUGCAUAAAAAAACGCAGGUGUUGCAACUAAUGUACUUUUUGCAUUGUUUGAUCUGUGAAAAGAUAUAAUGUAAUGGAUCUGUCACAAGUUUUGGCUGUUAUCACAUAUACUUUGAUUGCCUCGUUCAUGAUGACAAAAAGUGAAGCAACAGACAGUGAGAAAGCAUUCAACAAAUAAGGAAAGGCUUUUGAGUGUUAUACUUUUUAUUUCCUCAUUGGAUGCAUUAUAUGUUCUGACUAAUGUUCUCUGCAGUUCAACAAAAUAGCAUCUAUAUAGUAAGUAACAGGGAAUAUCAGUCUUUUACAUUGUUCUAUUCCUGUUCCUAUAUGGUUUAUGCCAACUGGCUGCUAUUGUUGUAGUAAUGUUCUUUCAGCUAUCAAUUGCUUGUUAGGGUUUUUAAUCACUGGUCUUUGACCAGACAGGAACAGAGCCAUUGCCAAGGUGCCUUUCAAUGAACUUUUACCUUUCAUAAAAGCCAAUCCAGUAUACCAGUGUCACAUGCAGCUCACCCUACAAUUGUUUAAUAGAAACACAUCUAGAGGGAGCAGGGGUUAGAGAGUUUAUUCCAUAUCUCGAGCAUUCAUUGCAAGCCUCUUUUCCCUUAUGCAAGUUAUUUCAAUAGUGUGUGCAGGGGAGUGUGUGUGUGUGUUUAACUUGCUGACUGAAGGUUCAGCAAGAAAUUUUUCUUCCUGCAUUAGCAAAUAAGACCUGUCGACCAAAGGACAUUGGAAGAUUCCAAAUUUUGGCAUGCUGCUAGUAGUAAUGUGGUUCUGAUCAAUAGAUGAAUGGAGUUUCUGUAUUGCCUACAAGGUAGAACAGGGUUUGGCAAAAGCUUAGCCCUUUGAACUAAUGCUGCUGUCAACACUGGUUGUUUACACUCCAAAGACCAGAAAAGUGGGUUUGAUGUAUGUUGCUGUGUCCUAGCAACUGGAAUGACAGUGCCAUACCAAGAUGUUCCUUAUUUAUUCUUUUAAAAUCCUGAUUUCUUUUUUAAGAGUGUAUUGUUCUAUUUCAGAAUGUCUAAGUUCUAAGACCUUGGAAUAUAUGCUUUCAUUUGCACUUGUCAUCUGCAAAGUGGCAGCUAAAAGAUACAGAGGGCACAUUCGCGCUUGCAGAAUAAUGGACUUUCAAUCCACUUUCACAAUUGUCUGCAAGUGGAUUUUGCUAUCUCACACAGUAAAAUCCAGCUUCAAAGUGCAUUGAAAUUUGAAAUUGGAUUGAAAAUGCAUUAUUCUGCAUGUGCGAAAGUGCCUGGAGAGAAUCCUGAAUUAUGGAUCAGGGUCUUUCUGUAUACCUCAGGGAGAGCCUAGUCACACAACAUUUUGUUGUUGACAGUUCAUUUGUUUGUUCUUUUGGCACCUCAGUCACUGAAGCCCUCCAUUAUGAAUGGAAAAUUGCAGUUGAGAAUGCUGUUAUUCAGCCAUCUCAGGAUUGUGUAAACUGGCUCAAAGACAGAGAAGUUAAAGUUGUCAUGUGAUAGCUAGUUGUGGUUGCGUAACACAAGAAGUUAUGAGGAGGGAGGAGAAGCUUCCUGACUCAGCCAUGUGGUGUGUAAAUGAUAAGUUUACGGUAGGCAAGUAGCUGCCCUCCUGCUGCAUAUAUUCCUAUCACAUGAGAAGCAAGUUUGACUAUAGUUGCCGAUCUGUCAUGAUAAUUUCUGGCCACUCAACUUUAUGCCAUGAUAAAAUUUAAAAUCUGGUUUCUGUCUUCUGAGAGACAGUCAGUAGGAUCCCAUAAAUAUCAACAUAAGGAUACUAAGUGAAAACCAAUUAUUAAGCCAUAAGAUUAAUCUGCAACAAAUAGGGAAUUCUGAACAAGACCUCAUAUAGGUCUUAAUAAUGUAUAUGGUGAGGAAUGUUGUAAUUUGCAGUUGUAAUGAAUGAGAACAUGCUGGUUCCAUCUUGGUAGCAGGAAAGUCUCAGGGAUGAGAUUUUUGGGGACCAUAUGGCAUUUCUGUAAUCUACCAUUUUGGAUUCACACAGGUUUCUUUCCUCACCAAGAACACUGGUGGCUUACACAAUCUUUUUGCUAAAUUUUGAACUUAAUAUGAAUGUAAAAUCUACUUAGAUUGAGAAGAACAUUUUCUACCACCUUAACAGCAAGCAAGGCUCAAAUGAAGUUUUAAGUGUCGAUGUAUAAAUGCCCCAAAUUCUGGUCUGGAAACUCCACUAGAAUCAACCAUGAUUCACACUAGUUGGGUUCUUAUACGUAAUUACGGGUGGGAGAGACAGCCAAUUGCAGCACUCUUUGUGCAGCUCCCUGCCCUGAAUUUAUGAAGGUCCAAGACACACGAAGAGUUUUAGUCCUAUUUCUGAAAUCAGUGGGUCAACAACUCUUGAUUGUAUAAUUCUAAAAUGGGAACUGUAUUCAUUCAUUCAAGUUGUGGAAUGGCACUAGACAAGUCUUGCACUAGCCCUGCACGUGCUGCUAUUCCCUUACUUACUGCUGCUUGAAAGUCACAGCAGCACCAUGACCUUUCUGUUUUAGCCCUUGUUAAGAUGCUCUCCAUAAUGGCUAGUUGCAGUGUUCAUAUCAUGGAUCCUAGAGCUUGAGGAGGUGAUUUCUGCGGAUUUCCCCUUCUCAUUGCAGCACCAUACCACACCACAGAUCUUGCUUGAAGUUCAGAAGGAGGGUCGGGGUGGGGGACAGGAGAUAGGGUAGGAGAUGAGGAAGGCAACUAAUAUCCCCCUUUCAAGUUCUGCUGACAGAUGUUUGGAUUCAACUCAUUUUAUACAGCAUUAGCAGCACAUGAAUCUUCAGAUAAAUACCUAGAUACAUGGAGUGAACACUGAUUAUUGAAUCAGAACUUCCUCUACCAUCAUAUUAAGACAUCCAGGGCCAUGAUUAGGGUAUGACUGGAAAAAAAAAACCUGGCACGAAUGUUUAGUAACAUUUUCGUGUAAAUUGUCCACUUCCUUUUGUUAGGAAUAAUUUCAAGUGUCCUAUAAAUGUAUCUAUAACGAUGUGAAGGGUAGAGAGUAUUGCUGAGGCAACUUGCCUAACAUCCAAUUGGCAAAUUCUUUGAAAGAAUCCACCAAUUUAUUAUCUUUACUCAUUUUCUCCCUGCUUCCUGAUGCAUGGUUGAAGGAAUCAAGUAAGGAAAAAGCAGUUGUAAAAGACUGGAAGCUUUUGCAAUGAAAAAUUGGCAAUGGUUCUCACCACCUUAAAUAUUUUACCGCUUUGCAAGAUUAUUUCUCCCUGUAAUUCUAGUUGGUAGAACCCAUUGUGUGUGUAUAUAUAUGUGUGUGCUUACAUGUCUGUACAUCAAUCAAUCCUCAUUUUCAGAUUUCUGGAUUUUUCAUUCCAAAUACAGCUGGUACAUUUGUGAACUCAUAUUUCUGGUAUGCUCCUCUGUGUCAGAUUGCCAACUGCCAAAAAUGUUAGGCCAAGUGUAUUUUUAUAAAAUCCCCUUGGGAAAGCUGUUUGUAUACUUGUGAAAGGGCAUGUUCUGUGUAGGAUGACAAUGUACAGUGUAAAUCUAUACAGUGUGAAAGUGUGUAUACAUCUAUCUGCCAAAUAUCUAUUAUUCAUGUAAUAAAUGCAAAAAUAUUUAAUGUACAUCAGAUUGAAAAAAAAAGAAUAUCCAUUAUAUUCAAAUAAAGAAGUUUUCUCUGGAAUGAGGAAUCACUGGACA